CUCAGGGAGAUAGCUAAAACACAGCUGAAGUUAGCAACGCUAGCUAGCUACCUAGCUGUGACACAGUACCCUUUAACGGCUUAAAUGGCCAACAAACCAGUGUCUUUGUAGGUUAGUAGAUGUGCCAUAGCCCGGUCAAAUGGUUUAUGAGUUUGCACAACCAUGGGUGACAUGAAAACCCCAGAUUUUGAUGAUCUUCUGGCUGCCUUUGACAUCCCAGAUGCUACAGGCUUGGAUUCCAAAGAGUCCACCCAGGAGGGAAAUGAUGACAAACACACCAGCGACACUUCAUUGAGUGAUCAAGCCAAUACUCCUGUUAUGAGCGUGAUUGUGAAAAACGCGCAUCACCAGGAGCCGUCAGAAUGUUUUGGCAAUGGGCUUCGGUCGGGUUUGCCGGCCCUGCAUAAUGGAUUUAAUGCCCAAGGAUGUAGCGACACAGCUAACGGCGGAUUUCCCAAAUCAUUUGUUUCCGCUCUGAACGGGGAGUUUGCAAGCGAGUUCCUAGGCAAGGCGCCGAUGCAACACAAACCUGAUGCGACACCGAUGUUUUCUCAGUCGCUGUCCCGCUCCAGUCCCACGUCAAGUCCUGAGUGUGAAGUCGCUUUAUCCAGGACGGACAAUGUGCAUCCCAAACAAGAGCGAUCUUGUUUCCCAGAAGCGUCCGUUUUGGUGGAACCUUCGAUCGCAGACAAUCCAAAAAAGUCUGAUCUUAGUAUUUUUGAUGAUUUCCAGAAGGUCUCUCCAAGAAGUGAAGAGCCACGUGACCGUGGUGCUGGUCAUAAAAUGACGAGAACAAACAUUGGACUUCCUCCUCUAAGCAACAACCAGUCCAAAUGCAAAUCAGAAACCUCAGUGGACCUCGUUUCACAAAUCAAACCAUACACAUCUAAAUCUUGCCUUGAGACUCUGGUGGCUCUCAAUGCUAGUAUGGAGCCCGGCGAGCAACCUAAUCCCAGAGAGCCUCCUGCAAUCGCCAACGACUGCAUGAAGUACAGCCCCAAGGUGCCGAUAUCCCCGCACAGCCCCAUGAGCCCUCUAGAAGCGGUGAAGCGCCUUAUGAAGCCGCCCGACAGCCCCAUCAGCAUCUGCAGCGACAGCAGCGGCACGGCUUCCCCCGCGCUGACGUCGGGGUCGCCUCCUGUCAUACCCAAAGUCAGGAUAAAGACCAUUAAGACCACCAGCGGGCAGGUGAAGCGCACGGUUACAAGUGUGCUACCCGAUUCGGAAACGGACGAAGUUCACUCCGCCUACGAAUCCUCUCCGUCGCAGAGUUUAAUGAGCGAGGACGGCGCUUAUUCACCCCAAAUCCUUCAUAGCAAAGAGGAAAACAGGAGAUUGGAGGCGACUGAACCGGCAUCAUCAGCAGCCUUUCCGAAUUCGCCUGUUCAAAGAUCAGUUGCAGCUCGUACACAAAAGCAAAACAGAGCACCUAGCGCUAACUUUCUUCCCAAAGCAGUGCACCUAGCCAGUCUCAACCUCGUCCCUCACAGUGUCGCCGCCUCUGUGACCGCCCGCUCCGCCUCGCAUCAACCCAGCCAGCACACGCUCUCGUCAACCGUCUACAGCACUGUCCCAUUGGUGCAUCAGAUCAAAGCGUGCCCGCGGACGUCCGUCCCCAAUACAGCAGCGGGCACCUUAAACCGGCUGCUGAAAGACGCCAACCCUGUGCCGACGUACGUGCCCAACCUGAACCCGCCGCCAGGGAGCGACAUCCGCCUCCCACCGCGAGGUUACUCCUGCCUGGAGUGCGGGGACUCCUUCGGUCUCGAGCGCAGCCUGGCCUACCAUUACGGUCGCAAGAGUGUCCACAUCGAGGUGGGGUGCACGCUGUGCGCCAAGUCCAUGGUGUUCUACAACAAGUGUGCCUUGCUGGCGCACGCACGCAGCCACAAGAGCAAAGGCACGGUCAUGCAGUGCACGCAGCUCCAUAUGAAACCCAUUGCAGAGGCGCAAAUGUUUGCGCCGCUAAGUACAGAACCGGUGCAGUGGGACUCCAAGUCAGCAUCAUCAUCAUCAUCGGGCCCACUUAAGAACCAGCCUGUCAUGCCGCUCUAUCCAGACAACGUCAGUCACCAUAGACAUCGCUGCUUGGAGUGUAACAAGCCCAUGGCAGACCAUAGACAACUGGCUAGCCAUUAUCAGUCCCUGUCAGAAGAUAAGAAAGCAUUUAUUUGCAAACUUUGUUCAAUGUUGCUACCUAACAAGUGCAGUCUGAGGGCGCACCAGCGCAUCCACGCGCACAAGUCCCCUCACUGCUGCCCCGAGUGCGGCGCCAUGAGUCGCUCUGCAGACAUUCAGAAGCACAUUAGGGAAAACUGUCUCCACUAUGCACGCAAAGCCUGGUACAAGUGUCUUCACUGUGAGGUGGUUUUCAAGACCUUUCAAGGACAAAAGACACAUAUUGAGGAGAAACAUUGUGUGGUCCUCCACAAGUGUUCUGCCUGCCCACUGGCCUUCAAAACCUCCGUCAGCUAUGAAGCUCAUUUAAAGAAUAAACACAGUGCCAACAAACUACCCCCUGAGUUCAACUUCAAGUGCUCGUGCGGAAGCAUUUUCCAGAAGAAGUCGUCGCUCUUUCAACAUUUCCAUCAGGACGCCAACAAGCGUCUUACUUGUGUGUUUAAGUGUCCAGAAUGCAACUCUGUCUUCUCGCAAAAACAGCUGCUAAUGCAACAUUUCAAGAGCGUACACGGAGGGGAAUCGAAACCAGAGUCAGAGGUGAACAGUACACAAACAAACAAAAGCGAUUUGAACCACAGUGUUAGUUCCAUUAAAUACACGGACGGGCCCCGGAAAAAGGCAGAGAAGGACACAGGCACUCGUGUUAAGCCCUCAGGCUGGACGUGCGGGGAGUGUCUUCAGUGGUUUCCUGAACGAGACCUCUAUAUUUCACAUUUAAAAUCCAAGCAUGGAAAGUUCUUGAAGCGCUUCCUCUGCCGACAGUGUGACCAGUCGUUCAAUUCCAACACAAGCUUAAGACGACACAUCCGCAGUGACCACGGUGGGAAAAAGAAAAUAUACAGUUGCUGGUAUUGCACGGACAGAAAGACAUUUACCAGCAGUGUGAUGUUGAAGAACCACAUCAGUCUAAUGCAUGGAAUCAAAAAUCCUGACCUUGGCCAAAUGCCCAAAACCACCACCCAGGCCCGCAGAAAUAUUGUGAGCAAGGACUGUAGCGUGUCAUUAGCCAGUGUUCAAGAGGAGGGUGAGGACUCGCCAGCUUCCUUGGAGGCUCCUUCAGCCAAGCGCGUGAAAACAACAUUCCGGUGCUCCAAGUGCGGCUUUGCCACGGGCGACGACACCAAGUUCCAGGCGCACAUAGCUCGGCAUAAAAGCGACGACGGCACUCCUCAGUGCCUUCGCUGCGGCCUGUGUUUCACCUCGCCGUUGUCCCUCAGCAGACACCUGUUCAUCGUUCACAAGGUCAAAGAUCCCGAGCAAGGCGAGGAGCGGGAUAGUCGGCCUGAAGCCCACCAGCAGACCGAAGAGGAGCACCUUAACUGCGACAGCACAGAGGAUUUAAAUCCCUCUCAGACAUGACGGCAGUGAGAUUCACUCAUUGCUGCUUUUCUCUUGGAACUAACACGCUGCUUGAUGCUCUGCAUGCACAUGACUUAUUGGUUUAACCAAAAACAGUAUACGUCUUCAUAUUUAAUUUAACAUUGCAUGUUAAGUAUUAUAUUCAUUGUGCCUCUUGGACUGUGGCACCUAUAUUAUUUUAGUCUUGUUUUAACAUCUAUUUCAUCCACCCUGACAGGAGGGCAAUGCAAUUUUGUAGGUACAUAUUAACCGGUGGAGCUUUUGUUCCCAUUUGUGAUCCACAGCAAUUCAGUGACUUAAAUAAUAGUAUUCAUGUCAUGCAAUGUCCCAUAAUGGGAUUCUGGAUACUUUAACAUAUUUUUUUCUUAAAACCAGUAAUUUAACAAUAAUAAAGCCUACUAAAUUUAGGCUGCAGUUCACCAUAUGAGCAUUGUAUGCUUUCUCUUAAUGGUCAUAAGGCAGGGGUGUCAAACUCAUUUUCAUUGAAGGCCACAUCGCAGUAAUAACUGCUUUUAGAGGGCCUGUUUUUUUAAAUGAAUUUACAUUAUGCAUGCGGGUAAUAAACUAUGGUUAAUCGAAAUGCAUAUGCAUUUG